CCCAUUCUGCAGAUUCCAAUUCGUUUCUUUUCCCCCUUGUUCACCACACAGCCAAUUAACUUCCUCCAACCCACCUCCGUCACCGUUGCCGUUGCCCCCACCGGAACCGCCGUGAGUCAUGACAGGAAUCCGCCGGAGUUUCUCUUAGUAUUUACAGCAGAAAGUGGAGUUCACCGGCGAUGGCUGUAUCUCAAAUAAGAAAUUCCGGUCUGCCAUUAAUCAAUCUUCUCCGGCUAAAAGGAGUGCCGAUUCUCCAGCAAUUGCAUUUGGAGGAGAGAAUUUUAAGGACCUCGGCUGAGAACUGGUGCAUCAUCAAUGACGGCACAAUCGACCCCACCAUCGUCAUGGGUAUCUCUGGGAAAGCAGAGGAACUUGUUGAAAUAGAGUCUGUUUUAAGAGAUGAAAUUCCGGUCAUUCGAAGGUUUACUGGAGGUGGUACUGUUAUUGUUGAUCAGGGCACUAUUUUCGUGACGUUUAUAUGCAACAAGGAUGCUGUUCUUGGUUUACAAUCGUAUCCUCAACCAAUCAUGUCGUGGAGCAGUCUUUUAUAUGAGAAAGUAUUUCAAGGAAUCGGGGAUUUUCGCCUUCGUGAGAACGAUUAUGUGCUUGGCAAUCGCAAGUUCGGUGGCAAUGCUCAGUCUAUUACCAAAAAUAGGUGGGUCCACCAUACUUCCUUCUUGUGGGACUAUCAAAUCACUAACAUGGGCUAUCUCAAACACCCGAAACGAGCUCCUGAUUAUCGACAGGCAAGGGAUCAUCUUGAAUUUAUAUGCCGCAUGAAGGACUAUAUUUCAAGAUCGAACUUCAUAAAUAGAACCAUCGAUUCAGUUGGCAGCCAUUUCCUAUUGACAUCACAAUCGGCAGAAACGAUUCAGUUUCCUCCAGGUUCAAAAUUCGAGCCCUCCAGUAGGUUAUUGACGAGCCAUGAACUUGGUGAAGCUUGUUUCAAGUCCCUGACAGCUAAUACAGCCUCCCAAUUGUUAUGAUUUUAAACAAUUUUGUGCUUGGAAAUCAUUUCAUUUAUCCUGAUUUUUCUUCUUAAAACUCUAUAAGUGAGAGAUGCUCGAUUAUUCAUUCUUGUGUCUGCAUUUCGAUGAGAAUAACAUAUGCCUUCCUCAGACACGUGGAGAUACAAUGAUCGAUUAUUCGACACCAUGUUUGUGGUUGAUAGGGGAUCAUGUUGAGAAUGUUUUCUCUGUUUUUUUCACUUCUGUUUCUGUAUAUGAUUUUUUAAUUAUUAUGGGUUAGUAUUUGAAA